AUGUCAGAUGAAGUUGAUGAUCUAUCGUUUCCAAAUGCAGUUAUUACUCGAUUGAUGAACGAAGCUUUGGAAGGAUCACCAACUAUUUCGAAAGAAGCUCGAGCAGCUAUGUCACGUGCUGCAUUAACAUUUAUACUUUAUAUUAGCACAACUGCGAAUCAAUAUGCUUCAAGUGCUAAACGUAAAACAGUAACAGUUCAAGAUAUUUUUAAAGCAUUACAAUCAAAUCAAUUUGAUAUGCUUGUUGAACCAUUACAAGAAGCAUUGAAAGAUUACCAAGAACAAACACGUAAGAAGAAAGAAGAAUCAGCCAAGAAACAACAAAAUCAACCAGAAUCAACAGUUGAAAAUGACGAGAAUGAUGAAAAUGAAAACGAAAUUGAAAAUGAAGAUAAUGAACCUGUAGUUGAAUAA